AUGGCAGAAGGUCUUUUGCAACCUCAGAAAGGGAAAAGAAUUGAAGAUGUUGGGGAAGAGUAUUGGAAUGCUUUAAUAUCAAAAUCGUUUUUUCAAAGAAACAAUACAUGGAAUCUUAAUAUUUCUAUGCAUGAUCUUAUGCAUGAUUUAGCUAUGCAUAUAUCAGGUCAAAGUUGCUUUAUUUAUGAUAGUUGUAACGACUCUGGCAAGCUAAUAACCAAUAGCAAGAUUCGCCAUCUAUCAUACAUGAAGGACUUGAAAGAUACAAUAGAAUUUGACAACUUCUCUAGAGUGAAGCAUUUGCGUACCCUGUUGGCUUUGCCAUUACGACAUAUAUGGAGAUCACUUGAGACCCAAUUUAAGCUUGAAAUGGUGUUAAAGGAUGGAGGAUGCUUAAAAACUCUUUCUUUGUCACAAUCGCAUAUCACAAACUUGCCUGAUUCAAUUGGCAAUUUAAAACAACUCAGGUAUUUGGAUGUCUCUGGCACAAAAAUCAAAGAGUUACCUCUUUCAAUUUGUGAGUUAUACAAUUUGGAAACACUCUUAUUGAUGUAUUGUAAUGAUCUCACACAAUUGCCAACCAACAUUUCCAACUCAAUCAACUUGCGUCAUCUUGUAACAAGGUGGACUCGUUUAAAAGAGAUGCCACCAAAUAUCUGUAAUAUGACAAAUCUUCAGAGGUUAAGUGAUUUUGUUUUGUGUAAAAGUGGUGGAUCGAGGAUCAAAGAGUUGGGUAAGUUGGAGAAUCUGCAUGGAAGCUUACAUGUUUCAGGCCUUAGCUAUGUUAAUGAUGUGAGUGAUGUUUUGGAAGGCGAACUGAGGAACAAAAAGUAUCUUGACGAGCUCAUUCUUUCAUGGAAUGGCACGAAAGAUAACUCAACAAAGGAAAAAGAAGUACUUAAUGCACUCCAACCACAUGUAAAUUUAAAGAAACUCGAAAUUAUUGGUUAUAACGGUACAAGUCUGCCAGAUUGGCAAUUUGAUUUGAAAAGAUGCGGGAAGCUAAAUGUGGCAUUACCUGGGUGUAAUUUUCCAUCAUUAGAAGUCAUCAACGUUGUACAUUGUGAUGAAAUGGUAACUAUAUUUCCAACAAGUACUCACAUUGACUCUGCAUAUUCUUCCCUCAAAACGUUGAGCAUAAAUAAUUGCUCAAGGUUGGAAACCUUUUCAGUGAUGGGGUUGCCACCUUCUUUAAGAAGUCUAUACAUCACAUCAUGUGAUAUGCUCGUGGAUAAUCGCAUGAAAUGGAAUUUACAAAGUCUCCCAUCAUUGAAUGAUUUAGAUCUCUGCCGUUGUGAAGUUGUGGUGGAUUCAUUUCCAGAGGAAUGGCUGCUCCCACCAUCUUUAAAAGCUCUUAAGGUUUUCAACUGCAAUAACCUCAGAGCUCUAACACCUCACCUCCCUUCGUCGAUUAGAACUUCGAUUUUUGGAAAAGCUGGAGUGAUUACCACCAACAGAACUGCCUCAAAGUAUUAA